CCAGCCCCCCCACAGUGACAUCACGGGGUAACCAGUGGAAGUUCGCGAAAGCGAGAAAACGUGUGGACUUUUGUCUUCCCUUUGCUUUCUGUCCUCUUGCUGCUGCUCCAAAGGGACGUUCCCUAGUGGGAGGACGCUAUGCAGUCAUGCGCCCUGAUGAAUGGACCAUCGUGGCAGGCAUCGUCCAACAGAAUGAGAAAUGUGAGCACAAACAACCUGUGGCAGUACACCGCUCACUCUAAUUGGCCGUCGUCGCUUCCUGGUCAAGACGGCAGGGGUUACAACGGUGUGUUACAUGAUUCCCAGUCUGGAAGCCAGGGACAUCCGAGAGAGUUUUAUCACAAUGCAGCUCAGAACCUAUCUGACUGGAACAGAAACAUUAUUUCCUGUUCCCAGAGCGAUGGUCUGGCUCAGUGGAAGCAGACCCUGCGCUCAUGGGGGCAGCCGGCAGGGGUCCACAGUCACGAUGUUGUCGCGGAUGCCUUACCGCACAGGACUGAUUUCUACCAAACCAUGACACAACCCCGACAACAACCUAAGAGCAACAUAGCAACAACCUCAAUUUCAGUUGGGCGGAGCUUGUUGAGCACCAACGCCCAUCAGAGAUCUCAACAACACUCACCUUUGACCCCUGUGGCAACUAACCAGAUGAUGUAUUCCACAGCCACAGGUCAGAGUUCUAUCUCCAGCGCUGAUGGCAGGACACAGGCACCGGUUAAUAGUUUGAGAACAAUCCCUCAACGACCAUCACCUCAAUCCCACCGACCGCUCCAGAAACAUAUUCCGGAAAUAGUACAGCUGCUAUCUCAGAGACAUCUAGACGUAGCAAAGCACCAAGACAGAAGUUCAUCAGAAGUGUGUCUUCUGGCCACUAAUGAGUGCACAGGUUCUGGUAAAGGUUCAACUGGGUCGGCCUCAGGUUUGACCUGGCACCAGGAGGACGUGCGUUCAUGUGAUACUUCAGGUCAGACAGACAGGAACGUUCCAGAGUCCCAUCAAGAGGACGCAAAGCAAAGUGAGAGGACACUCCAGUGUCUCCCAUUAAAAGCAUGGACUCUAGCAGAUCUAAAGACGCUGGUCCAGGAAACCCAACAAGCUCAGUGGAACUCUGAGUCUUCUGCCGCAUUUGAUCUUAAUUUAAUCUCCUCGCUCUGGAACAACGAUUUACGUAUUCUGCAAAACCAACUGAAGAGUCACUGGUACAAGAAUCUCAUGAGCGAGAUUUCAGACUUCUUGCAGCACUGGACCGCGGACUCAGUGGUUCUGAUACAAUCAAAAUGCAACUUAAAUCUCAGCGGUUUGCAUGUGCUGCAAGAUGGCGAAAAGUACUUUGAGCCGUGCUACACCUCAUCGUGGAGGAACGUCAACGAGAAACUUGACGACAUCGAUAAAGAGUUUGGCUUUGCCAUGACCUAUGAUGGGGAUUUUCUUAACCCGCUUGAAUCACGCAGCGGCGUCUCAUCGAAUCCAAAUGUUUCCAAAGCUGUGGAAGAAGAAUGGCAACGAGUAGAACAAGAAGAGGAUCAGGAAGUGGAACAGGAGGAAUAUGAAGAAGAGAGGACCUCCUCUGUAGCAGUUGCACAUGGCAGUAAAGAUGACAGCUACUCCUUCAUCAUUCAGGUUCAUCCCCAGGAGGAGGCCAAAGCCAUCCAUGAGAGCUUCCAGCCUGCAGGAGACCAUCCUGCAAAGGAGCACCUGAAGGAUGACCAUCCUCUAAAAGAACAUCUGGAGGGUUCAGAUAUGGACCAAGGUGAUUCCAGCGGAGAUCUAAAGGAGUCUGAAGUGGAGAUGUUCUUUGCUAAGUGGAAAGAAGUAGUUUUGGGCUGCAGUCCAGUCAUGAAGAGCCAGGAUGAUGUGAGCCACAGGAUCCUGGAAGAUAAGGAGGUGAAGCUUCAUGGCACCUCCAGCGCAGAUGAAGGGAAUCCAUCAAAUAGUCUGAAUCAGUCUGAGGACACAACUCCGCUCCAACAAGAUGAUCAAGAGACGGGAAAUACCCCCCAGCAAAGGACAGAAGUUGAAUCCAAAGAUUCUCAUCCGAAAGAAAUGCAGCGUCAUUGGCGAACAGAGCAGAGGUCGAAAAGUGAGACGUUCUUCGCCAAGCGUUUAGCUCCUGCCAGAGAGAGGAAGAGAACGAGGCACGCUCCCAUCAAUGUUCCUCUACUGAAGAAGCUGAAAAACCUCAAGAGUCGUCAUGAUCAAGGUUCAACACGCAGGAAAGAUUCAGCCAAAGACAUCCACCGGACUUUGCCUCCUCGAGCGCCUGAAGUGCUUAAUGUAAGUCAAAGAGGGAUGAGUGCGGUCAAACAGCGUAUUUACCAAGAGUGGAGUUUACCGCCAACCAGAAUCGAGAGCAGAAGCAAAGUGAGAAGUCAGAAGAGAAGUUUCACAGAGAGACCGAACAGUGAGGACAAGCGGAAAGACCACAAAGUGAUCCUGAAGAAGUGGAGGCCCGGCCCAGAUCACUACACCAUCAGAGAGAAGGCCUGGUGGCCGAGAUCCAAAGACGGAGAUGUCAGAAAGACUGCUGAGGGUCAUUCAGUUAAGUUCCAAAAGCCUUCAAAACCAGAGACAAACCUUAAGCGAUGCAGUCUUUCUGGAAGAAAGUGAGCUCUGAGUUCCCAGCUUUGUGAUGAUCUGCUGCUCUUUGUGGCGUGGAGACUCCUGGUAAUGAGCGGAUGGAAGUAAAGUAGCACCUUUUUUCAGCUAAAGCU